AUGGACGCUUUGGAAUCCUUGGACCUACCAAAUCCGCCCGAAAGUGCUUCUGAAUCUGGUGCAGCAGAUACUAAUCAAUCCGAGAAGCGAAAGCGAGAGGAUCCGGACCUAGAGCUGGAGCAAAAUGCGCCUCAGCAGCAGCACCCGCUGUGGAAAACGAGUCUCUGCUCAUACUUUCGGAGUUCUAACGGGUCGUGCAGCCACGGGGAUUCGUGCCGCUACGCCCAUGGAGAGGAGGAGCUCAGGCCCAGACCCGACAACACCUGGGACCCGACAUCCGAACGGGCAAAGAAGAUGGCGAAGAAAGAGCCCGACAGUGCAAAUUUAAUGGAGGCGGAGUGUGGCGUUAUGAUGACGGAUGCAGUUGUGAUGGCGCCGGAGGGGGAUGAUGCUUGUUCCUCUGGGUUGUCCAAGUGCUUGGUGAAUUUACCCAUGAAGUGGGGUGCGGACAAGUUGAGGAAUUUUCUUAAUGAGCAGGGAAUUCUGUUUGAAUCAGCCAAGAAAAAGCUAGGGAUGGUUGUUGGAUUUGUUACAUUUGAAAGUGCAGCACAAGUCAAAACUGCUGUAGAGGAGUUGGAUGGGAAGUCUGUUGGAAAUAAUAGAACUAUAAGGGUUACUGAUGUCAUUUCACGCUCAUUUGGGAAGAAAAAUGAAGCGGCUGAGUUGAACAAUGAUCAGGGUGACGAUUCAAAUGAUGUCAGUUUAGCUGUUGAUGGUACGGCCUCAAAAGGUAGAAGUGUCCGUAAUGUGGUGACUCCUCUUGCUCACAUGGCCUAUGCUGAUCAGCUAGAGCACAAGAAGAAUUCUCUAAUGCAAACUCUCAAAAGAUUAACUCGAAAUGCGCGUAAAGCUUGUCCUAAUGGAGUCUCACUUCCAGAAUGGAUUCUCAAAUCUAGAGAAAUAGGUGGUCUUCCAUGCAAGUUAGAAGGUAUACUUGAAUCACCACUUGUUGAUGGAUACCGAAACAAGUGUGAGUUCUCUGUUGGAUAUUCUUUGCAAGGCAGACCUACUGUGGGCUUUUUACUUGGGAAUUUCAGGGAAGGUGUGACUGCUAUCGAGGAGCCUGUAGACUGCCCAAAUGUUUCUAGAAUUUCUUGCAAAUAUGCUGCUAUCUUUCAAGAAUUUCUACAGCAGUCAGGGAUGCCUAUAUGGAACAGAUUGAAUAAUACUGGAUUCUGGCGUCAACUUACGGUUCGUGAAGGCAGAAUACCAAACAAAGUUGCUGACGUUGACAAUGCUGAGACUAGCAUUUCAGAGGUCAUGCUCAUGGUUCAGGUUUGCACAAAGGGAUUUGAUGAUGGACUAGUAAAAGGUGAAUUUGAACGGAUGGCUCAAGCAUUUACAAUGGGAGCUGCUGGGGAAUCUCCUCCAUUGCCUCUGACAGCACUGGUAAUUCAGGAUCAUACAGGAAUAUCAAAUGUUGCAUCACCUGAUGCUCCUUUACUAUCUGUAUCCAUUAGCAAUAAAGAAAUUGAUUCUGGGCUGCUGACAGCUGGUGAUGUCGUGGAACCCAGAAUUCAUGAUUACUUAAGCAAUCUUCGAUUUUCUAUAUCUCCGACAGCCUUCUUUCAGGUUAACACCCUUGCAGCUGAGAAAUUGUACUCCCUCGCUGGGGACUGGGCAGGCCUGGGCCCUGACACGCUACUUUUUGAUGUUUGCUGUGGAACUGGAACAAUUGGCCUGACUUUGGCUCAUCUUGUUGGAAUGGUUGUUGGCAUCGAAAUGAAUGCUUCUGCAAUUUCAGAUGCUCAAAGAAAUGCAGAUAUGAAUGGCAUUGUGAACUGCAGAUUUGUCUGUGGAAAGGCAGAGGAUGUUAUGGGUUCUCUAUUGAAAGAGUACCUAUCUUUACCUCAGAAACAAGACGAAAUUUCUGAUACAUUUCAAGGGAGUGAAGAUGAAAUGAAAUCUGCUGAAGAAACGAUAGAUUCUGAAGACUCUGUGCUUGGACCUGAAGGUACCUCUUGCCUAGAGCAUGAAAAUGGCAAUAGUCCAAAUGAAAGCCAAAUUCAGAAGAAUAGCACGUCACAAAAUAGAAAUACCAUAAUGCAUCAAUUUAAAAAUGUCGUUGCUAUAGUGGAUCCUCCACGUGUUGGACUUCAUCCCACUGUGAUCAAGGUUCUAAGGACUCAUUCUCGUUUGAAGAGGCUUGUCUACAUUUCCUGUAAUCCUGAAAGUUUGGUGGCAAACGCUAUUGAGCUCUGCACUCCAUCAGCUGAUAAAACUGAGAAAGGGAAUAAUAAAAACAACAGGGGAUGGAGAAACAUGAGUUCAGCUGGUCUGGCUCGACACAGAGCCAAGUCCAUGCCCAACUCUGAGCCUUUUAAACCUGUGAAGGCAAUGGCCGUUGAUCUGUUUCCUCACACUUCACACUGUGAGCUGGUGAUGCUCCUUGAGAGGAAUAACAUUACUGAAUGGAAACAGAAUGAUGCUUGGAUUGGUUAUAAUUCGACUACCAAAAAUCUUAGUGUGAUCCUCACUGGUUAUAUGAGUAAUCAGAAACGAAAAUCUCGGCUUGAUUAUAAGGUAGAUUUGAGAGAUUACUCACCUGAGUUGGUGAGCUUUGGUUUCUCAGCAGCUAUAGGGGAGUGCUUUGAGAAAAAUAAUGUUAAUUCAGCAGUGAACAAUGUGGGUAAGAAGACGAAGAUGGGAUUAGUAAUUGGAUUAAUUGUUGGUCUGUCUGUUUUGAUCCUCGGUUUGGUUCUCAUCGGAAAUAGUUUAUGGAGGAAAAGAAAUAGGGAGGGUGAAAAAGAUGAAGUUUCGUUUGAUACAACAAUGGACAUAUUUGAAAUGGGAUGUGGGCCUAAGAAAUUGUCAAAUGGAGAAUUGGUCCGUGUGACGGAUAAAUUUGCAGACGAGAAAAAGCUUGGAGAAGGAGGAUUUGGUGGGGUUUAUCAAGGACUUUUGAGAGAUUUAAAUUCAUACAUAGCAGUGAAGAGAGUGUCGAAGGAUUCCAAACAAGCAGACAAGGAGUGGAGGAGGCAAAGAGUAAUGAACUUAUUCGUCCCGACAAAGACAACAAACUUAGCCCGGACACAGCUGCCAGCCCUCUUUUUCAACUAUAUUUUCCAACAUUCCAGAGUGGUGCAGAAGUUGCAGAAUUUGAAUAUACUGCAGAGUAGAAGAGGAUUUAAAGAGUUGUGUAUAAAGAGGAUGGCUUGGAGUGUGGAGAAAUGUAAUGGGAAUGGUGUGGAGACUACUAGAAUGGGAUUGGUUCGCCCGGCAAUGGAGGGUAACGCUGAAGAGGCAAUUGAAGCUGUUAAGGCUGGAAAAGUUAUAGCUGUGCCAACUGAUACCCUCUAUGGCUUUGCUUGUGAUGCUUGCUCCAUGGAAGCAGUUAAACAGAUAUAUGAGAUCAAAGGCCGUAAAUAUACGAGCCCUCUUGCAAUUUGCGUAGGAGAUGUUCAGGACAUAGAACGGUUUGCUGUCACAGACUAUUUGCCUCACGGGUUGCUUGAUUCUCUUCUUCCAGGACCUGUGACAGUGGUGCUAAGACGAGGGGAGUCAAGUAUUCUUGAGAAAUCCUUAAACCCUGGACUAGACAGUAUAGGGGUUCGAGUGCCCGACUGUAGCUUCAUUAGGGCAAUUGCCCGUGGUUCUGGAAGUGCAUUGGCCCUUACUAGUGCAAACCUUAGUGGGCAGCCUAGCAGUGUAGAUAUCAAAGAUUUUGAGAACCUCUGGGAGCGCUGCACAUAUGUGUACAAUGGAGGUGUGCUUCCAUCUGGCCGUGCAGGAUCAACAGUAGUGGAUCUUACGAAGCUAGGGAAGUACAAGAUCCUAAGGCCCGGGAGUGCGAAGGAGGAGACGGUCGAAAUCCUUGAGCAGCAUGCUCUAGUUGAAGACUCAAGCACCUCUUCACAAGUCACCUAA